CUGGGUGACACCUCCGGAACGCCGGGCUGGGGGGACGGAGCUGGAGCUGCCCGCCUGGAGCGCAGGAGUGGGAAGGACCGCUUGCUUGCGCGGAGCGGUGGGCGCUGAGCGCCCGGCCCGGGAGCCACCCGGGGAAGGUGUCCUGUGACGGCCCUUGAUCAGAAAGGCUGCAAGUCAUGUAAGAGCCGCAGUAACUGCAGAGUCUCUCAUGGAUAAUUGGAUUGGGAGUAAUAUGUGGGAGGCUGUGGACUAUUUGCUUCCGACAUAGGAACAGCAUUGGGUUGGGAUUCUGCACUCCUGGGAGAAUGCUGGGAAUCUGCAGAGGGCGACGGAAAUUCCUGGCUGCCUCUCUGACCAUCCUUUUUGUCCCAGCCAUUACAUGGAUUUAUCUGUUUGCUGGGAAUUUUGAAGAUGGGAAGCCGGUGUCGCUGUCCCCGCUGGAGUCGCAGCCCCACAGCCCCCGGUACACGGCGUCGAGCCAGCGGGAGCGCGAGAGCCUGGAGGUGCGCGUGCGGGAGGUGGAGGAGGAGAACCGCGUGCUGCGCAAGCAGCUCAGCCUGGCCCAGGGCCGCGGCCCCGCGCACCACCGCGGCAACCACUCCAAAACCUACUCCAUGGAAGAGGGCACGGGCGACAGCGAGAGCCUGCGGGCCGGCAUCGUGGCAGGCAACAGCUCCGAGUGCGGCCAGCAGCCCGUGGUGGAGAAGUGUGAGACUAUCCACGUUGCCAUUGUCUGUGCAGGGUACAAUGCCAGUCGGGAUGUUGUCACGCUUGUCAAGUCUGUCUUAUUUCACAGGCGAAACCCACUCCACUUCCACCUCAUCGCAGAUGCAAUUGCCAAACAGAUCCUGGCAACUCUGUUCCAGACAUGGAUGGUCCCUGCUGUGCGCAUAGACUUCUAUGAUGCAGAUGAGCUCAAGUCUGAAGUGUCUUGGAUCCCCAACAAACACUACUCUGGGAUUUACGGGCUGAUGAAGUUGGUUCUGACUAAGACUCUACCUUCCAAUCUUGAGCGAGUCAUUGUCCUCGACACAGACAUUACAUUUGCCACUGACAUUGCUGAGCUAUGGGCCGUCUUUCACAAGUUCAAAGGGCAGCAAGUUCUUGGCUUGGUGGAGAACCAGAGUGAUUGGUAUUUGGGCAAUCUCUGGAAGAACCAUCGGCCCUGGCCAGCGCUUGGGAGGGGCUACAACACAGGGGUGAUCUUGCUGCUCCUCGAUAAAUUGCGGAAGAUGAAGUGGGAGCAGAUGUGGAGACUGACGGCGGAGCGGGAGCUGAUGAGCAUGCUGUCCACUUCACUGGCUGACCAGGAUAUCUUCAAUGCAGUCAUCAAACAAAAUCCCUUCCUUGUCUACCAGCUCCCAUGUUUCUGGAAUGUGCAGCUUUCUGAUCACACCCGUUCUGAGCAGUGCUACAGAGAUGUAUCUGACCUGAAGGUGAUUCACUGGAACUCACCGAAGAAGCUGCGAGUGAAAAACAAGCAUGUGGAGUUUUUCCGCAACCUCUACCUGACAUUCCUGGAAUAUGAUGGGAAUUUGCUGAGACGGGAACUCUUUGGCUGCCCCAGUGAAGCAGAUGUUAACAGUGAGAAUCUCCAGAAGCAGCUGUCUGAGCUGGACGAGGAUGACCUGUGCUAUGAAUUCCGUCGGGAACGCUUCACCGUCCAUCGCACUCAUCUGUAUUUCCUCCAUUACGAGUAUGAGCCUGCUUCAGACAACACCGACGUGACACUGGUGGCACAACUGUCAAUGGACAGGCUCCAGAUGCUUGAAGCCAUCUGCAAGCACUGGGAAGGUCCCAUCAGCCUGGCACUCUACCUUUCUGAUGCAGAAGCCCAGCAAUUCCUGCGCUACGCUCAGGGCUCGGAAGUCCUGAUGAGCCGCCACAACGUUGGCUACCACAUCGUGUACAAAGAGGGGCAGUUCUACCCUGUGAACCUGCUCAGGAACGUGGCCAUGAAGCACAUCAGCACACCAUACAUGUUUCUGUCCGACAUCGACUUCCUGCCCAUGUAUGGACUCUACGAGUACCUCAGGAAGUCUGUCAUCCAACUAGACCUAGCUAACACCAAGAAAGCUCUGAUUGUUCCUGCCUUUGAGACCCUGCGCUACCGCCUCUCCUUCCCCAAGUCAAAAGCAGACCUGUUAUCUAUGUUGGACAUGGGAACCCUCUUUACAUUCAGGUACCACGUCUGGACGAAAGGGCACGCGCCAACAAAUUUUGCCAAGUGGCGAACAGCCACCACCCCCUACCGUGUGGAGUGGGAAGCAGACUUUGAGCCAUACGUCGUGGUGAGGAAGGACUGCCCAGAGUAUGACAGGCGCUUUGUGGGAUUUGGCUGGAACAAAGUAGCUCACAUCAUGGAACUGGAUGCACAGGAGUACGAGUUCACGGUGCUGCCCAACGCCUACAUGAUCCACAUGCCGCACGCGCCCAGCUUCGACAUCACCAAGUUCCGCUCCAACAAGCAAUACCGCAUCUGCCUCAAGACGCUCAAGGAGGAGUUCCAGCAGGACAUGUCGCGCCACUACGGCUUCGCGGCCCUCAAAUAUCUCACGGCAGAGAACAACAGUUAGCACCGUGGAGCCCGUGCCUGGCCAGCAGGGACACUGAGGCAAGAGCCGCUCAGCGUCUGGGGCCUAGGCUUCGAACUCCUAACUGAGAAACACUUUUUGUUUUUAUAUCAUACUUGGCAGUUCUAACAGUAGAAAUUUGAAGUGACAUCUCUUCAGACUAUGCUCGUUCAUCCCUUCCCCGACUGCCCCAGGUCUGUCGGCUUUAGCGUUCGUGAGGUGUCUGCGAGCAGGGCCGGCCGGGCGCCCUCCAAGCCACCGAAGGUGGGGACUGGGCAGGGGCUGGGAUUGCACUCCGCUCUCUUGACUGCAGAGCACAGCCAGACCUUCAGAAUAUAGGAUUUCAUGUUGCUAUUUAAUAAUUUGACAUGCUUUUUAUCUGUAAAGGAAGAUCUUCGGGUCGCUGUCCUGUGAAUUUCAAAUCUGCACUACUCUAAAAGGGAACUUUCACCUGUGAACUUUCACAGGGGCCCUGUUAACAUGGAUGACCUUGUUAAUGCAGGAUGAGCCAAAGGUCUGAAUUAGCCUUGAAAACACAGGGGACACUUAUACAAUACUGCACUCCUGAGAAGGUGUGUUACUGGUUCAGUUGUAUACAUGAUAUUGGUUGGUCUUUUUUUCUCAAAUCAAUUUUUUUAUCAGGAAAAUCCCCUAUAUCCCACCCUGCCUUGGCCCCAGUCCUAAAUGCUGCUCCUUUCCUUGCCAAGGAAAUAUCUCCCUUGUGUUUCUUUGCCAUCUUCAGUUUUGGUGGUCCAGUAAAGAAGAUCAGUAGCUCCGCCAGAAAGUGAACAAAACUUGUCACUUUAAAGUCUGUUUUCAUCAGAGCAACUUGUUCACUUGUGUCUCAUAAGAUGAAGGGCCUGGCUCUAACCUUUUAUCUUUUUUAGGCAAGAAUUGGAUUUUACCUAUAAGGCACAUUGUGCCUGGGGAAUACUGAUUUGUAGGCUCAUUUCAGUGCUGCCCAUCCGUGAAGGCACUGGGCCUUAGGCUUUAAGUGGACUUCUCUGCUGAACAGUGAAUAUAAAUGAGUAAAAGGGCAACUAGUAGCCUUGGUGCUCUCCUGCUGCCUGCUGCAAGGUCUCAGAACUACUUCGUUAAAGGAGUUUAUAAUUAAAGGAGCAGAACUGUUAGGAAUAAACUCCCCAUUGGACGGGGAGAAAAGAAUGUGUUGGGAAUCUGAGUGAGUGUUUGCUUGAACGUGGACUGGUCAAGUUCACAACAUCGGUACACACAGGAAUUUGCUGGAGGUCGAACAGGAACCUAACAAGCAAAAUGCAGAAAACAAGACACUGGACUUUUUGCCAUUUUCUUUAUCUGCAGUAUUAAUGUUGUGUUUACAUGGGAGGAAGAGAUACGGUGCACUACCCCUUUCAGGGCUAUUUGUAAUUUCUGUUGCAAUGUUAAUAGAGAAAGCAGAAACAACUCAGUGAGCAAUGUGUCUGUCUCCCUGCCCCAAACAACCACAUGUACCAAUACCACUGCCUGAGCUGGGAAACGGAUCCAUAUUGUGUUCUGCUCACAUUUUUCCAUUUUGUUUUUCAGCCACUGGACCUUCUACUUUCCUCCCCACCUCAUCCCUCUAGAGCUUGGUUUUAUUUCUAACCUGACAUUUGUGAGAGAUUUCUGUUACGGUGGAAACCACGCAGUUAAACCAGACAUUUAAACUACAAAUAUCAGUUCAUCAUUCUGUGUAUAUAUAAGAAAAGCCCAAAAAGGCAAUGUCUUUGACAAGAAAUAAAAAGGGGCGGGAGGCUGUGUGUAGUUUUCACUUCUUCCCCUGGGAGUGUUAGCUGCAUAAGAAUACAUCACUGAAUAAUUUUCCAAAGAGCUUUUUUUUUCUGUUCUUAAUGGCUUUAUGCAAAGAUUUACAUAAAAAGCUGGAGAGAGCUGAGAAGAAGUGAUAUUAGUGCUCAGUUCUGGCUAAGAUACAUUCUUCUAAAAACAUCAUAGUCUUAACUGCCCAAGUCCUGUAUUACCAUUAAAGGCACAGGUCAUUGUGCUGAUUGAGAAUUGAGAAGAACCCUGCUGCACAGAGGCUGUUGAUUAGCCAGUGUGCAGGAAGAUCCCAAAAGCUGAUCUAAGAAAGGCUACCAUUCAUUGUACCUACAUGAAAUCUCCAGUCAGAGCUUCAGUGUGGCCACCAUUAUGUUCCAUAUAUAAAAAAAAAAUUUCAUUUCCAGAUGUACAUUUCUCCUUGGCUUAACAAUGUUCCCAAGGAUAGACUGGAUUGCCCUAAGCAGCAUAACCUGUACGUUAUUUGGCUGUUCCAUUAUCAGUAUUCUUCUCAUUAUUCUCUUCUCAGUGGUGAAGGAUGGGGGAGCAGGGAGGUAAUGAUUUGCUACUUGCCUGUUGAAUGAGUCUUGGGACCUCCUGGGUAGGCUUAGGUGUGCUGGCUAGUGCAAUCAGCUGAGAGAUUGGUAGUAGGUGCAAAGAGUCCCUUGUUUUGUCCUUAUAGACACUGUACUGACUUGUAUCUAUCAUGUCAUAUUUGUCUCUGUGCUUCAUAAUUUGAGAGGUGGGGGUCUUGAGGGUUUUUAGCACAUUUCAAACAAUUUACCUGAUGGCAAGUUAGGAUUACAUAUCAGUCUGUAACUGCCAGGGCUCCUCCAACACCAUGAAAAAAUCCACCACUGACAACAAAAAAAAUUCCCAAUUCAGUUACAACACUGGCUGUCUUCCAGUCCUCUGCUGUAGUAAGUAUUUGCUAGGAACUUUGUUACUUAAUUCUCAGUUUUCUCCUGAAAUCUUCCAGAAGUAGCUGAUAAACCUGGUAACUUAAUGCCUUUGAUUUAUUGAUUUGUUCCACCAACUUCUCUCUUGAGUCCUCAAUCUCCUUAUCUUUGAUAUUUGGAAAGUGUGAGUCUCUCGUUUAGAUACCACUCCAGCACCCUCUCAGUGAAGACUGAUGCAAAUAAAUCAUUUAGAUUCUUGGCAAUGUUCUUAUUGUCUUUAAUUGUUUCUUCUACUUGCUUGGGGUGGCCUGCCUGUUAUCUUCACUUCCUGCUUUUGGUGUACUGAGCAAAUGUUCAUUUUCAGUUUUAACUUCCUACUGUUUGCUCUUCAGAUUCCCUCUUAGCUUCCUCAAACUCCAUCUUAACUGUUACAUACCUUCUUCCAUCUUUACACAGUUUUAUUUCCAUUCUCUGGAGGUUUCCUGUUUGGCCUCAAUAACUUCUGAAAUUUCCCAUUUAGUCAUAUCAACAUUUCCUUGUCUUUGUCUUCCAUUUGUCCAAGGGGUACCAUACUCCAUGGCUGUCUAUCAGCCCUUUCUAUUUUAAUCUGAGGAUUUCAGGUUUUCUUAGAGCUAUUGAUUCUUUAAAAAGAAAAAGAGGUUUUUGGUUUUAAAUUUACCUUUAAUGUCACCCUACUAGGUUUUGAGGGUAUUUUCCUCUUUCACCUUCCUAAAUGCUCACCUUUUCCUAAUUAGGGGAUCAGAAAUAAAGUAUUACAGAAAUUGGGUUCUUAUCUUGACAUAUUUUGUUCUGUGUCUCCCUUUUCCCUCUCCACUACUAAACAUUGACAUUUAAGAGUCAUUGUAAACUUUUCAAGUCCCAAAGCCAGAAUUGUGUAUUUUCCAGCAUCUUUUGACAUCCCAUCACUUUCAGACAUAAUUAUUAUGCCAAAUAAUAACCUGGUGCCUGGCACUAGUCCUCCUAUUUUUGUUUUCAUGUUUCUUCCUGUGAUGUAACAGGCUCUGCAAGUGCAAGUUUUGGGUGAAACACUUCCUUAUCAUACCCUUUAUACCCUUCUGAUAUGUUUCCACUUCUUGUCACAAUAGAUAUAUCUAUAUGUAGAUAUAUCUAUAUAUAGAGAUAAAUACACACACAUACACACACCUUCAAAAGUUUAGCUGUGGUUUCCAUCCUAUCACUUUCUCGCUAAGGAUCACCUACCAUUUACCUGCAUAGAAAAUGUCUCUGUUUAUCUGGGAUAGUUCUUAGUAUCUAUCAGGCUUUUCCCCAAGUCCUAGUUGUAGUAAUUCCUUCCAGCCUUGCUAGUUUCCUGUGUAAACAAUCUGGUCCCACUUCCUAAUUUGCUAUUUUUUUUCUGUUUGUAAUCAUUAUCUUGGAUGUCAUAGCAUAAAGGAAUUAGCAGCUGUACCUGCAGUUCCAUCACCUCAGUUAGACUGAAUAUGACAUAUGCUCCCAUUACUCGUAAAGUUCUGAUUUUUUACCUGGUUAGCUUCAUGUGGUUUGUUGGUAAAUCGUAAGAUGCAUUUUUCUUUUACUGCAACAAGCAGAGGCACUUUGUAGUGUUAUUUGCAGUAGCUGUUGCAGCAGAAUAAGCCCUGUGUUAGAGGGAAAAGCACAAAAAGCUUGUCAGAACCGUAGCUGCUGUUUCUCUCCACAGAGGAAAAUAAGGCCCUAGCACAGCUGAACAGUUUUAUAAAUGCCCUGCACAAAGCACAUUGCACAUCAUUUUCUGGUAGGUAUAAUCAUACAUCGUCCAAUUAAAUAUGAAAAAUACAUUUUUAAUGUUCUCAUUUUUAUGUGCAGUUCUACCCAGAAGAUAAUGCAUUUCCUUCUCCAUCUUGCCAGUUUCCCCCAUUACUCCAGCCUGCCUAAUAGCCCCAUCUGUUUUCGGCUGAGAAAGAUUAAUGGCCAGAAGCACUGGGAGUCCUGGCAAAUCAGCAGAGAUAUUACUCUUAGGCAUUGCUCAGGACAUUCCUUCCUGCUCUGCCAGAUACUGUAUGGGUGUUCCUCAGGUUUCAGGGCAGCAGCAGCAGAACACAGCAAGAUCAGCAAGUGGGGUGAGUGUCAUUAUUUAUGAACUUCAACCAGGUCUAACACUUUCAGUGGUGGGAGUGCUAGAAAGGGAAUGUAUCAUUGUUACCUCAAAAGAUAUUUCAAUAUUAGGGGAAAAAAAACAGCUAAGUUUCUGCAACUCCACUAGGUGAAACUGGAACAAAUAAGUCACUAGUAGAAAAUGCCAGCCAGUAAUCAGGUAUUCCCACUGCAGCAUUGAAAAUGCAGAAGCAUUGAUAGCUCAAUGAAGUCAUUUUCACAGUAGUAAUUAAUAAUGUAUAUUUAGAUGGUGUGUUUACAUCCAAACACUUAGGUGUAUUGUGGAUUAUUUGAAUAUUGUAUAUUGUUUUACUAUAUGAAAUUGCUUGGAAAAGCUGCUGGCUGUGCACAGAAAUUAUUUCUCAGGAAAUGCUUACAAACCUGGAUUUAGAAAAAUCUUGCUUUUAUAAGAGUUUAGUUUUAUGAGUAGUUAUACAUUCCCAAAAGAGAACAUAAAGUCCUUGAGAAUUUCAAAAGGAGCUGUGUCUGCAUCAGUUGGCUGGAACAUUUUCCUCGUACCCUUAUUUGGGAUUUGGGGAUUGUUUACAGAGUAGAAUUAUGAUGUUGAGUUGAAAAAAAAAUAAUCAGGGAAUUAGAAAGCCAGCCAAAUAUUUAUUUAUGUGGCCAGUGAUAUGAGCAUAUUUGUUCAGACGUGUUAGUGGAUACUCCAGUGGAAGUGUUAGGUCACUAAAGUGUCAGGAUGCAGUCUGAAGCCCAGGCUUAGAGUUUAGUAUCUGUUCAGGCAUUGUGUGUGGCUUCUCCACAUAUGGUAAGAGCAGCUUCCUUGCUUCCAGCACAUUACUAUUUCUGUAGGGUUAAAAUGUCUUAAAUCUCUGCAGCAUGGAAGUGGAAGUCACUGCACAGGCAGAAAAGGCUGCAUUUGAGAGCUCCAUGUCCAUUGCCACAAGACACAAAAUUUCAUUCUAAAAGAAAUGGUUCUGACCUGAGGGUAAUUCUCUGACCAGAGAUUUAGACACCCUUACCAUAUAUGUUCAAGAAGAGGUCCCCAAACGUAUUAGGCCAGGUGAUUCAAGCCAAGCUUAGCCUAUUUCUGAGUAUUAUAGCAACAUAAUUGUCAGUCAACAGAAGUGUGCAUUUUCAACAUUAACAACUACGUCACGAGGCUUGUGAUAAGGCUGCAAAUUCAAUCACAUGUAAGUUAGAGGAUAUGAAAUUUUAAGUUGGUGGUGGAGUUGGUGAUUUGCUCAUAAAACUUCUUUCUGUCCCCUCACACAUAUAUAGUAGGACGUGGCCUGUGCACAAGUCUUUGUCCAGGUUUUUUUGAGGGAGUUCUCUUUCUUUCUCUGCACAGAAUGCAUAAUAUUUGGGUGAAUGAAGCAGCUGGGUGUAUGAUACUUCUUUUUACUUCUUCUUUUAUUGAGGUUUUCAUAAUACGAUAGCAGUCUUAAUUUUGAGCAAAGACAGACUUUUUUUUUUCCCCCAAAGGAUAGGUAUAAUCUGUGAUUUAGGAAAAUCAACUAUCCCCCAUGCUCUCAGGCUUUCAAAGCAGAACACCUGCAGUUCUGUUCUGAACAGAACACCUGCAGUUCUGCAGGCUUUUCUCAUGUGGAGGGGGUCCUAUGAAGCUGAUGGAAAUCACACAUUCAGAGGCCUUGUAGCACUCACCCCCAGGCUACAAAUGCAAACAGCUGAAUUUGCAAGAGUGAUGAAUCCCAGCUCUGUCCAGGCAUGUCUGCUCCAUCACUGGGAUCACUCUAAGGACUAUGAGCAGUCUGUCAGGUAAGGAAAGAAAUAUGGAGUAAAUAAUUGCAGGUGGGGGUAUGAUGGGUUUAUUUUAAGUAGCCAGAUUUUCAGAGGAAUGAGGAAGACAUGAGCAUUUUGAAGUCCCUCAGAAGAUCUGUUCAUAGGAUGUGUGGGCUGGACUAACCCCAUUCUGGAUUUGUGGCAUUUCUUAACCAACACUGGCCAAUGUGGCCCACCUGCAGUAAAUUCUAUGGAUUGUAAAAUUCCUGAAAGCACUGCGAGUAAACCAUUCUCAGCUCAAAGUUAUUUAAUUUGUUUCAAUUCUUUGGAUUCCCACACUGAUCCUUUGGUGCCCUUAACAAAAAAUGAAAAAAAAAAAGAUAAUAGAAGCUUGAUAACAGUAGGAGUCUUGACUAUCCAGCCUUUCUUAAAUUGUCAGCACUAAGGUCAACGGCUGGGGCAAAGCUAGAGUUAGUGAGGUUCAUAGAAUUUCUUCUUUUGAUCUGCCUGUGGAACUCUUGUUCCAGCAGUGCUCUCCAGUGAUGCUGUAAGGGAAGGAAGAGCUGUCCAAUGCAGAUUGAUCCAUGAAUUCUUCAUCCAGUCAGACCUAACCACCAGCAGCAGGAAAGAAGGGGCACCACCACCUGUGAUUGUAGAUUGAAAUAGUGAGUUCAGUAUGAAAUCUCUUAUUCUGAUGACUGACUUUGCUGAGCUUUUCUGCAUUUUCGAUGUACACUUGCUGUGAGUGACAGAGGCCCCUUGGGGUGAGGAAAAGUUGGGACUCAGCAGUUUGCUGGUCCAGAAUGCGAAGAAGAGAUGUGUGUAUUUUCCCUUGACACCUUGCUCAGUGUUUACUAAUUAUAUUAGCACCAAUUAAUCCAGCUGACCUGAGACUCAGUGUUCAGGCCAGUGUUCAACCUUCUGCUGUGUUGAUAAGAGAAUAGACAGAUAUGCAAAAUUAUGUUUUCCAUCCAUAAUAUCAAUGAGUAUUUCCAUACAGGUUCAAAUGGCUUCCAGAGAGUUUACAUCUUCUAUUUUUCACUGUUAAGGCUUCUUCAAGGAACAGCAAAGGCAAUUUAAAAAAUAAAAAAGCUAUUGAGUACUGUAAGGACCCACAAGGAUUAACAUUCACAGCAAGUCAUCAAUAUAAAAUAUCCACCAAGUUAACCUUACAGCUUCUGUCAUAAAUGCAGAGAAUACAGGCACUAUCAUCAUCUUUCUGUUUACACUUCAUAGAGCAAAAAAAAGGGUUGUAGUAAAAAACAACUCUGAAUCAGAUCACCCAAGACACAAAUAUUUUCUAAAUUUUAUUGCUUUCAUUUCCAUUUCAUGAGUGAAAUUAAGAUAUUUAGAUAUUCAUAUUCAAAGUUGAAUAUGAGCCAGCAGUACCCCGGCAGCUAGAAGGGCCAGCCCUGUCCUGGGGACAUCAGACACAGCAUUAUCAGCUGGGCAAAGAAGGGGAUUGUCCUGCUCUGCUCUGCACUGGAGCAGCCUCAGUGCUGGGGGCAGUUUUGGGCACCCCAGUAUAAUAAAGAUCUAAAGCUCUCAGCUUUAGAUUCAGCAUCCAGAAAGAUGCUGAAGGCUUUAGAGGGGAAGCCAUAGGAGGUGUGUCUGAGAUAAUUGGGCUUUUUCAACCUGGAGAAGAAGAAACUUGGGAAGAGACCUCACUACAAUUACAACUUCCUCAUGAGGGAAAGAGGAGGGGCAGGCACUGAUCUCAUCUCUGUGGUGACCAGUGACAGAACCCAGGAAUGGCCUGAAGUUGUGUCAGGGGAGGUUUAGGUUUGAUAUCAGUAGAAGUUCUUCACCCAGGGGGUAGUUGGGCACUGGAACAGGCUCCCCAGGGAAAUGGUCACAGCACUGUGCCUGACAAAGAUCAAAAAGCAUUUGGACAAUAUUCUCAGGCACAUGGUGUGAUUCUUGGGCAUGGUCCUGUCCAGGGCCAGGAGCUGGACUUGGUGAUCCUUGUGGGUCUUUUCCAACUCAGUAUGUUCUGUUUAUUUUAAUAGGUUGCAGCUUGCUUCUGCAUCUGUCAGACUUGAAAACAUUACAGUACAGCAUUGUCUGUGGAGAAGAACAGAACUGAGCGGUCAUUGAGUUGUCCUCCAUGUUAGUGCAGGGAAAAUCUUUCCUGUAGCCUGGGGUAUUCUUCUUUAUUAGUUUGUGCUAUCACAGGUUUUAUUUCUACCUAGCUAUGUCUCUUCCAAUAAGUAUGAAAGUCUGCUGGCUCAUACCAGACCACUGCAUGAGUUCAGUACUAGAGCAGUGUUUCUCACAUGGCACCUGAGCCUCCACACAAAUUUAUUCUGCGGGGAUUUUUUCAAUUUUAAUCUUCAAGCUACACCUGAUAAAAAAUUCAUCAUUUUAAAGCUGUAAAAAUGGGUUCACUAUGUUUUGGUUUAUUUUUAACAUACUCAUUUUGUUCAAAGUUUUCUGUCUACUACAUCCAUAGACCUUCCAGAAAAAUACUGUUUUGAGAGGAAGAGUAAUUGUAAAUAGUCCUGUGUGGCUGGAAUCAGCAGCACUAUGAGGGUUAGUAAUCUAUUCAAGCCAGGAAUUUUAGCACAGGUUUCCAGUAUUUACAAAUUUCCCCCUAUUUCUGUAGGGUUCCAUUUCAGGAUCCUUCUUUAGCCAGACCAUUCUUGUGUUUUCCACUUUUUCUCCAUGUUGCCAUCUGCUGCAGCCCUAAAUCCAUCUUUAUAUCUACCUUAGGCUGGUGUUUACAGGCAUUUUAAAGACUAUAUGUACAACAUCCACAGUGCUGAGAUCUGAUGAUAACUAUUACAUAGAGAAAAGACAUCUCUCCAUUGCUGGCUCCCUUAAACUAUCAAUAACAUAUUCAUUUUAAAAAGUGAGAGAGGAGAGGAGAGGAGAGGAGAGGAGAGGAGAGGAGAGGAGAGAGGACUUAGGCCUCUAAUGCCAUUAAUGCAAAAACAAAACUUAAUCCACUUCUCCUCCCUAGGGUACCCAAAACUUGAUGAAAGGUAGCACCAAAGUGAUCUGAAUACCAAAGGAAUCUCACAGUGCCAGAACCCUUAGUUCUUAGGUGCCCAGCUAGAACCAUCCAGGCCCUGAUUCAGUCCAUACAACUUGGCAGCUCUCUUGAGACCCGUGGUGUGGGAGCUGGUCAUAGAGUCAUGGAAUGAUUUAGGUUGGAAGAGACAUCUAUGAUCAAGUCCACCACUAAGCCAUGUCCCUAAGGGCCACACCUACUCAUCUUUUAAAUGCCUCCAGGGAUGGUGACGCUUCCUGGGCAGCUUUUUCUGGUGAUUGUCAUCCUUUUCAGUCCCCUUUGUUUCCUUUGAAUCAAUGGAGUGAGCAGGACUUCAGAAGAGGGCAUUUCAGUUCACUUCAGCACCACUUCACCCCUUGCUCUGUGAGCAGCAGAAAAGGUUACAGUGCUGGUGGUGAGCAUCAGUUUUAGAGUUGCCACCUACUCGUUUAAGAUUGCAGGUGUCAAAAUCCCCUGGAAACUGAGCAGUAAGUGCUGCAAGGCUUUAUAUUCAAUAUUAGCUGACAAACUUGAGAACAACAAUCCAAGUGACAGAAAAGGUGUGGGUGGAUCAGCCACGGGAGGGGGUGAUUUGUGGACUCCAGAGACUGUGCUGAGUGUUGUGACAGGCAGCUUGUGCUAACAGCCAGGAAAGCACUCAUUUUCAGCCCAAAACCGCAGGCUUCAUAAUGGUGGGUAAAAUAUUACCCCUGGCAUUGGUGUCAGGUUGUGCCAGGUUUGUGGCAGUGUGUCAGCCAGCACAUUUCCAACAGUGCAGGUAAGAAACUCUGAGAAAGGGUAAAAUCCCCCAACAAUGGCUUUUCAUGUGUGUUUCUUUUUAAGACUCAAACCUCAUUCUUUUUCUCUCAUGGCCAAGGUGAUUCUACAUUCUCCAGGGGAAAACUGGAGUGCCAUGACCUUUAGGGUGAGCUAUGCAUGAAACAAGGCUUGUGGCACUGAAGAUUCUGACUCUCCAACUCAGCACCUUGAAUUUCCUAAUAUAUCACCUGACUGGCUGUCCUUCUGCUUCAACUCUUCUGUUUCUCUCCCCAGCUUGGGGAAAGAUUUUUAAGUAAUGUUUCAGGAAAGAGAAAAAAUGUGUCUUCUUUCCUUAUGCUGCCCCAUCUCCCAAGCACCUCCCCCUCCAGACUGAGGCAAUUUGCAUUUAACACAAACCACUUAAUUUACACAUAUGCUUCAGUCUGUGUGUAAGUUUUCUAGGUGACAAUUUUAUCGGGGAAAAUGCUGUUUAGAUUGUGUGUGCAAAGUAAAUGGCUUGUAAAUAUUAAAAAAGAAAAGGUUAAUUUUCAAUUGUGCAAUAAAAUUGUGAAAUAAUCCUCUCAA